ACCAGAUAGGUUACAGAUGCGCUUCACAGUCAUCAUUACAUUUUGAAUCUGAGAAGUCACAUGGUCUUCCCCCCCCCCCCCCACCUUACGUCUUGAUCAGGGUAUUUGCACCUCGAGUAACCCGCAUGCUGGUUGGCUGAAAGGCAAUCAUCCCAUCGUGGUGAAACAAACACGCCGUGCUCCACAUCGAGGAGGAAAAGCAACGGAGCGCAUCGCCUCUGCACACACUGCUUUCAUUUCGUGAUAUAACAGGCUAUUUAACAAUAGCCGGCACGGACUGUAGGGGCUGUGGAGGAGGUGGACUGUGGUACAUGGCGAUGACGGGCAAAUCUGUGAAAGACGUUGACAGAUACCAGACUGUCCUCAACUCUUUGCUGGCGCUGGAAGAGAAUAAAUAUUGCGCUGACUGCGAAUCAAAAGGUCCGAGAUGGGCGUCCUGGAACUUGGGCAUUUUUAUCUGCAUCCGCUGUGCUGGCAUCCAUCGAAACCUGGGGGUUCACAUCUCCAAGGUCAAGUCCGUCAACCUGGAUCAGUGGACACAGGAGCAGGUCCAGUGUGUUCAGGAGAUGGGAAAUGCCAAGGCCAAACGUCUUUACGAGGCUUUCUUACCUGAGUGCUUCCAGCGCCCUGAGACAGACCAGUCUGCAGAGAUCUUCAUCAGGGACAAGUAUGAUAAGAAGAAGUACAUGGAUAAGGUCAUUGACAUCCAGAUGCUCAGAAAAGAAAAGAGCUGCGACAACAUACCUAAGGAACCAGUUGUGUUUGAGAAGAUGAAAUUGAAAAAAGACAUCAGCCCGAAAACAGAUUCCCAGUCUGUUACAGACCUGCUUGGAUUAGAUGCCCCUGCUCCAAGUCUUGCGGUGUCUAAUGGUGGAGGAUGUGUUCCAGACAGUAAUGAGAGCCCAGUGGUGGCUAAUCCACCCCUGGCACACUCUGCCCUGGAUCUCUUCAGCUCUCUACCAACACCCUCCUCUUCUUCAUCCACUAAAACUACGCCCGUUUCCAGCUCUAUGCCUCAGAGCAGAGUGACUGCCUCUGUGCCUGAAAACCUCAGUCUGUUCCUGGAUCCGGCGCCCAAAGUAGAGGAGGGCACUGUCAAGAAACUGUCCAAGGACUCUAUUCUCUCCCUGUAUGCUUCCACUCCCUCAGUACACGCUAGCAGUAUGGCUACUCAUGGCUUGUACAUGAACCAAAUGGGAUACCCGACACACCCGUACGGUUCGUACCAGUCCUUAGCCCAGGCAUAUGGAUUGAGAGGUGCCAUGAUGGCAACACAAAUGGCCAUGAUAGGACAGCAACAGAGCGGCAUGAUGGGGGUUCAACAAAACAGCAUGAUUGGAGUUCAACACAAUGGCAUGAUGGGGGUUCAACAAAACAGCAUGAUUGGAGUUCAACACAAUGGCAUGAUGGGACAGCAGAAUGGUAUAAUGGGUGCCCAGGGUGUCAUGGCUCAGCCUAGCGGCGUUGUGGCGCCACCCUACAUGUCAGGGAUCAGCCAGGGUAUGAUGGCACAGCAGCAAAGUGGAAUGAUGGCACAGCAGCAGAAUGGCGUUAUGGGACAGCAGCAGAGCGGGAUGAUGGGACAGCAGCAGCAGAGCGGGAUGAUGGUACAGCAGCAAAGUGGGAUGAUGGGACAGCAGCAGAGUGGGAUAAUGGGACAGCAGCAGGUUGGAGGAUUGACCAGCUUACCCCACCAGCAGGUUUAUGGAGUGCAGCAAGCCCAGCAGCUACAGUGGAACAUUGCCCAGAUGACUCAGCACAUGGCCGACAUGAAUCUCUACAACACCAACGGCAUGAUGGGAUACAGCAGUCAACACAUGGGAGGUUCAACAACUCAGAGUUCAGCGCACAUGACAGCACACAUCUGGAAAUGAACUCAUCUAUCCAAGAAGUGAUGUAACGCCAACAACGCCACAAAAAGAGAGGGGAAACUGAGUUGUAGGAAUCUGUGGAUUAGACUCUCCAUAAGACAUUUUCUAAUGCGAGGGAGGAGGAGGAGGAGGAGACAGGUGUGAAGAAGGAUGGUUUGGGAAACCACUACUACCUCUCUUUCUCUCUCCUCUCUGCCCCUGCUUUCUUUUCUUGUCUCUCAUCUUUGGCCAUGUUUUCCAGAUUUCCAUGCUUGCCUUCAGAACAUUUUGGUAUAACAACACAGACAACAGGGUUGAGAGGCCACUGGUUAGGACUACACAUCUUCCUUUAUACCUAGCCUGUAUGCGAAUGUGUGCGUGUGCACGCACAUCUGCUGUAUGUGGGUGUCAACAGUUUGGAUUUUGGAGAAUUUCACUGUUUUUCAUACUUGAUCAGCGUCAGAAAAAUACACAGAUGCACUUUCAGUCUCUUUGUGUAGUUUGAAGGUAUGUUAGGUCAGAUGUUGAGGAGUCCCCUUAGUUACAGCUACUACACGUCAAGCUUUCUGACUUCGCACAUCAUAUAUACAUCAUGUUAACAGAUUUACCAGAAGGAAUUUUAUUAUUUUUGAGGCAAUCACUUUCUUGAUUUUGCACAGAAUUAGACAAAACCCUGUCUUCCGGCUAAUUUUCUGUUACAAGUUGUCCCAUUUUAAAAUGAGAACCUUCAACACGGAUCUUAAAUAUGUGUUGCUUUGGCGAACAGUAAUUAGCUACAUUUUAGCUGCAGCCAUAUUUACAAAGGAGCAUUUACAUUUUGUUUUUUUGUCUUUCAACUCUCAAUCAUGACGGGGAUUUACCGAAAAAAGAGUCUGGGUAUAGGAAUCUUUUUCAAAGUCACACCUUCAAGCUGCACAAUGAAGAGAAAGGAAUUCACAAAUUUGUCUAGCUCUGUAUAAGCAGGAAAAUCAGGAAAAUCUCACCAAAAACAAUGUAUCCUUUUCUGAAUAUGAAAGUUUCCUACUUGUCCAACAAUAUUAAAAUUUAAGAAAUCCCUCUAUGUAUUAAGUUCCUAGACAAGUUCCUAGAUCCUCACUGUCUCAGCAUUAUGAUGUCUUCUACUCAGUUUAGACCCAGCUUCUUUUAGAAUCAAUAUCUAAAAUCAACUUUAAGUGUCAAAAGUGACCUAAACUGGAUUUUGGGAGACCAAAGAUCAACGCUAGCUUUAUUAUGGUUGUACAGUCUUCUAAUAUGCUUUUACUGUAUAGCCACUUAACUAGUGAUUAGUAGAAAAAUCAAUUCAGCCGUCCUUUAACAGUAUGUUUGGUCAUACCUGCUCCCACAAUUCACUGUGCUAUAUUUCCUCAGCAACGGUGGGGACACUUAAAAAAAAAAUGUCACUUGCAUGAAAUGUUAUCAUGUAAGCCCUCACGCACCUCAAGUUAAGAAUCUACCUUGUACAAAAGAGGCCUCAAAUAAUGUUGAAUGUCUGUAAAUAAGAGAGAAGUAAAGAGACAAGUCGGGACAGAGACAAGAAAAACCUUUGAGGUACAGAUCAGCCAUGUUUCAGAUGCUUCCACUGACUUGCAUGAGGAGAAUGUUUAUCUAGCUCUGAUUGUAUGUACUGUAUGUUUAUUAAGAUGUCCAAAUGUGUCUUUGGAAUGUGUAUGUCUGAAUGUUUCUCUCUGCUGUACAUGUCCAUCAGUCUCUGACCAAGACCAACAAAAAAACAAAAAAAAUACCCAGAUUGAUUUUGAAUACGCACACCUGAGUAUCGUUUGUUUUUGAUAUUCUUUGACUCUGCCGAGCAGUGUGCACUUGUGUCUUUUGAAUGUCCUGUGGUCAACGGCGUCCCGUUGGUUUUUGGUGAAUUGUUAAAUUCAUCCAACUUUUACUUCAAAUGUCUUGCCAUCAAGUUUGGAGCAAACUGUGACUGAGGCUAACACAUUUUCAGGUCAUUCUAAGGCGUUUACAACUCGGCCAAACCACAUUGUGAAGCGAAAAGUGAUUGUACGACUACAGUCUGUCACCUCUCAAUGUUUUCGUUAACCCUUCUACACCUCUCCCUCACAAGCCCACACAAACCAUCUCCCAGUCCUGAUUUCUCUGAAAGCGUUUCUAGAUCUGUUCAUUCUUAUAACUGCAUGAAGCCAUUAUACUGUAAAUAAUCUAAGUCUUUCCAUUUUUGUAAAAGAAGCACUUUGGUGUUAAGUUGCCACUUUUAAUGGGAAUGUAACUGCAGCCAAUAAACAAGCAGUGCAGCCUUCACAACUCAGAAACCUGUUGUCUAUUUCUUUCAAAUUUAGCUCAUUUGGUGGCAGUUGAGGCAACAGUUUGACAGCAGCAGUCACCUUCUCUACUGAGACCAAUAUUACCUUAAGAGACCCUGUCGCCUCUGCGCUGUAACAGCAUAUCUGUCAGUUAGCGAUGAGAAGUUUCUGGAAAAGGAAAAAAUAAAAAUUUUUUUAAAAAAAGCCCUCUCUACUCUCUAUGGGCGAUAAGGCUUCACCUGAGCUUACUCAUUUGUGAUUAACUUUAGGUUGCUUGUAAUCACUUCCUUUUUUGUCUGGUAUAUUUUCUGUGAAAUAAGAGCAAAUAAAGGAAUGUAUCUUUUUAUGUACUUGUCAUUCAAGAUAUUGUGUAUUUUGUUCUUUAUCAGAAUAUCUCUGUAUAUUAUGUUUCUUAAACAAGAUUGACAAACACAUAUUGUACAUUAGUUCUGCAUUUUUUUCACACGCUUUGCCCCUUUUGAUUUCACAUUCACGUUAGUCAAUUCAAUUUGAGAAUAUGUGACAUAUGAUACU